AAAAUACACAAUGGACAAAGCUCUUGGAUAAAGUUUUCAAAGUAACACAAGAGGCAGCUUCUUGAGGUUUUCUCUCUUCCAACUUUUUUGCUUUACUUACUACUGAGGUUUUCUAUUCCUUUGGAAGCUUCGUUGAUGGGUUCAACACAAGAUCUAAAAUGUAACAUUUCUUUUCUUAAAUUUCCUGCAAAGUUCGAUGUAGUUCAUGUUUUUUUUUUUCCAUUCUUUUCCUUAUAAAGUGUCGUCCACAUUUGCUUGACGGGAUACAAAACGAAACCCAAGUCUCUGUCUUCGUCUCCUUCUUUCUUCUUCUCUCUGUCAUCAUUUUGCUUUUUUUUCUUCUCCUACAUGCCCUAGAUUUUGGGUUUCUGAAAUAAAAAAUGGCUCACACUAGGACUUUCACUUCCAGAAACCGUAGCGUUUCUCUCUCAAACCCAUCUUUCUCCAUUGACGGAUUUGACAACUCAACUGUGACUUUAGGCUACACGGGUCCUCUUCGAACCCAGAGAAUAAGACCUCCUUUAGUGCAAAUGAGUGGUCCUAUUCACUCUACUCGCAGAACAGAACCUCUCUUCUCUCCUUCUCCUCAAGAAUCUCCUGAUUCCUCUUCUACCGUUGAUGUUCCACCUGAAGAUGAUUUCGUCUUCAAAAACGCAAAUCUCUUGAGAUCUGGACAAUUAGGGAUGUGCAAUGAUCCUUACUGCACUACUUGCCCUUCUUACUACAACCGCCAAGCUGCUCAAUUGCACACUUCCAGAGUUUCUGCCUCUAGGUUUCGCACUGUUCUGUAUGGUGAUGCUAGAGGUUGGGCUAAGCGAUUUGCCUCCUCUGUUCGUAGAUGCUUACCCGGAAUAAUGAAUCCUCAUUCCAAAUUUGUUCAAGUCUGGACUAGAGUCUUAGCCUUUUCAAGCUUAGUGGCCAUUUUUAUAGACCCUCUCUUCUUUUUCCUCUUAUUGAUCCAACAAGACAACAAAUGCAUAGCGAUUGAUUGGCGUGCGACUAAAGUAUUGGUGUCUCUUAGAAGUAUAACGGAUCUUAUAUUCUUCAUUAACAUUCUGCUUCAGUUUAGGUUGGCCUAUGUAGCUCCUGAGUCUAGAAUAGUUGGUGCCGGCCAGUUAGUUGAUCAUCCAAGAAAAAUUGCUCGCCAUUACUUCCGAGGAAAGUUUCUCCUUGACAUGUUCAUAGUCUUUCCCAUUCCACAGAUAAUGAUAUUAAGGAUAAUACCAUUACACUUAGGCACACGCAGGGAAGAAUCUGAGAAACAGAUUUUACGCGCUACGGUUCUUUUUCAAUACAUUCCAAAGUUAUAUAGACUCUUACCUCUUCUUGCUGGACAAACAUCUACUGGCUUCAUAUUUGAGUCAGCUUGGGCUAAUUUUGUUAUUAAUCUUCUCACCUUCAUGCUUGCUGGUCACGCUGUUGGCUCUUGCUGGUAUCUCUCUGCUCUGCAGAGAGUUAAGAAAUGCAUGCUGAAUGCUUGGAAUAUUUCUGCGGAUGAACGUAGAAAUCUUAUCGAUUGUGCUCGUGGAAGUUAUGCAUCGAAGUCACAACGAGAUCUGUGGAGAGAUAAUGCUAGUGUCAAUGCUUGUUUUCAAGAAAAUGGUUAUACCUAUGGGAUCUAUUUGAAGGCAGUGAAUCUUACCAAUGAAUCUAGUUUCUUCACAAGAUUCAGUUAUUCUCUGUAUUGGGGAUUCCAACAAAUAAGCACACUUGCUGGAAACUUAUCCCCAAGUUACUCAGUGGGUGAGGUUUUCUUUACAAUGGGUAUCAUUGGACUAGGGCUUUUGCUUUUUGCGCGGCUUAUCGGUAACAUGCACAACUUCCUUCAAUCACUUGAUCGAAGGAGGAUGGAAAUGAUGCUGAGAAAGCGUGAUGUGGAGCAGUGGAUGAGCCAUAGACGUUUGCCAGAAGAUAUAAGAAAGAGGGUGAGAGAGGUUGAGCGGUACACUUGGGCUGCGACAAGAGGAGUUAACGAAGAAUUGCUAUUUGAGAACAUGCCUGAUGACCUUCAAAGAGAUAUAAGAAGACACCUCUUCAAAUUUCUCAAGAAGGUGAGAAUAUUUUCGUUGAUGGAUGAAUCAGUUUUAGAUUCAAUCAGAGAGAGGCUGAAACAGAGGACUUACAUAAGGAGUAGCACGGUGUUGCAUCACAGAGGUCUAGUAGAGAAAAUGGUAUUCAUAGUGAGAGGUGAGAUGGAGAGCAUUGGAGAAGACGGUUCUGUUCUUCCUUUAUCAGAAGGAGACGUUUGUGGUGAAGAACUUCUCACUUGGUGCCUCUCUUCUAUAAACCCCGGUACUAAUAACAUUUGAGUGUUCAUAACUCUUAAUGUUUUUUGGUUAGAAACUUGGAACUUUGGAGCUGAAUACGUUUUGAAACUUGCAGAUGGGACGAGGAUAAAGAUGCCACCAAAGGGAUUGGUUAGCAACAGAAAUGUUAGGUGUGUGACAAACGUGGAGGCGUUUUCGCUGAGUGUAGCAGAUCUUGAAGAUGUAACAAGCUUGUUUUCAAGAUUCUUAAGAAGCCAUCGAGUGCAAGGAGCUAUAAGGUACGAGUCUCCUUAUUGGAGGUUACGAGCAGCUAUGCAGAUCCAAGUGGCUUGGAGAUACCGAAAGAGACAACUCCAGAGAUUAAACACUGCUCACUCCAAUUCCAACCGUUAAAUUUGAUGAUGAUGUUUGGUUUGGUAGAUUAGUAAUUUUAUUUUGAAGUAUAAAGCUUAGUGAUUCACUAUAAAAGAUGAAUCGAUGAUUCAUUCGUUGUAAUCAAUUCACUCAUUAGUGUUUCUUAAGUAUCUUUUUGCUGUUUUUCC